AUGCGCUGCGGUGUGGUGCGCGUGGAUAGAGUAGAUGGGGUGGGGUUGGAGGAGGGAGCCGUGGGUGCGCAGCUGCAUCGAUCUGCCGGUGCGGUUUCAGAGGCUGGCUUGGCUCGGGCGAGGCAGAAAUGGCCGAAAUGGCAGCAACGGCUAGGCACGCACGCUCCAACGGAUGGCCCGCCCAGCAGCAGCAGCAUUCCGCCGCUCCGUCGCCCCGCUCAAAGCCUCGCUCAUGCAUCGCUGCUCGGACUCGCCGCUCGCCGCCGCGGAGAGCGCUGUCAGCCGGGCUCGCCAACACCACUCACUCACUCUGCUCGAUCCCACGCGAUCCUCAUGGCCGCCUCCCCCCCAUCUUCCGCUCAGCCACGCCUCGGCCUCCAUCCUUUCUCCAUCCCUCCUCCUCCUCCUCCAACCCUCAUCCCCAACAUCCCUCCCUUCCAGCAUCUUCUCUGCAUUCCUCACCUCGCCUCGCCUCGUCUUCGAUCUCCCACCCUUGACUUGCGAAUACGCUCGCUGCCACGCAAACAAGGCAGACCAAUUCAUAAUAAGCUGCAGCAAAGUCUCCUACGCCCAACGAUCGCGCUCACUCCCCCAUCUGGCACUGGCAUUGGCAUACAUUGCCUCGGUUCGAUUCCUGCCUCGCCCUUUCAUCAACCGCGCGCAUUGAAACGCACCGCUGCUUCACUACGCCUCUUUCACCGCGUUGCCGUACCGUAG